AACGGAGAAAUUGUCCAUCCCGAUGUACACUGUGCAUGAAAAUAUAGUGCUUCGUAAAAGUUGUAUAAAUGGCCAACGACCCAACCAUAAUCAAACUCACAUCAGGACUUCAAUCAACACAUACAUGAUACAACACAAACAUGGAUUAUUCUCCCACACUUGUUUUACUCAUAUCACUCCUUGCAACAUUAGCCAUUUGUUCGAAACUCUUAACCUCUCUUACCAAAAGAAACCUUCCACCAGGUCCAACCCCAUGGCCGAUCAUCGGCAAUCUAAACCUCAUCGGUCCUCUUCCGCACCAAUCCUUCAACAAAUUGUCCCAGAAAUAUGGUCACUUGAUGCAACUCAAAUUCGGCUCACGUCCAGUUGUAGUUGCCUCUUCAGCUGAAAUGGCUAAGCAUUUCUUAAAAACAUACGAUCACAUUUUCGCAUCACGACCACCCACAGCAGCCGGCAAGUACACCACCUACAAUAACAACAAUUUGCUCUGGGCUCCGUAUGGAUCUCACUGGCAACAAGGCCGCAAAAUUUAUCAGUCUCAGCUUUUUAGUCCAAAGCGCUUGGACGCGUUUCAAUAUAUCCGUGUCGAAGAAAUUAAGGCUUUGAUUUCGCGGUUAUAUGCGUCUUGUGGCACCAAAGUUUUACUGAGACAUGAACUAUUACAAACGACUCUUACUAGUAUAAGUAGAAUUACUCUGGGCAGGAAUUUUUUUAGUGAAAAUGGAAGUGUGACAGUUCAAUUGCACACAACGUUUAUAUAAUUUUAUUUAUUAUAUUAGAUUGCAAUUCUGAAGUCAUAAUUGGGUUCAUAAACGUCGAAUUGUGUAUUACACUAUCUUGACAUUCUAAAUUUAUUUCGAAUA